AUGCUACAUAGAAGGAUGACACUGAAAGUUCCCAAUAUGAUGUCCGGCAGCCCCUUAGAAUGUCUUCCGACUGAGGUUAUUGUGUCGAUUUUCACUGCCCUUCCCUCGUUCUCAGAUGUAGCCUGGUUCGCCGCGACCGGGCGACGAUUUCACCGAGUAUGGACCGAGAAUGCUUAUUCCAUCUAUCAACAAAUCGCCCCCAGGACAGUCCCCUGUCGUCGACAUGCACGCAUACUGCUGGCGGACCAAGGGGGUCCGCAUCCAAAUGCCGCGAAUUUAUCCUUCCCACACGUUCUCCGGUUGAUCCAGAAUGCCGCGAUACUGGAGCGAUCGGCGGAGGACUUUAACAAGCACCACAGAGAGCGCGUUCAAGGCACGGAUCUUUUGCUACAUUCUGCUCCCCUAGAGCUCCCUCCAUUUCCACAACACCGUCCCUGUCUAUCGCGCUCUGAACGCCCCCGUUUCAUUCGGGGACUAUAUCAGCUAUGGAGCUUGGUCCUCCUCAGCAAUCCCGAGAAAAGACAACAGCGUAUCCGCCAGAUGAAGCUCAAAGACCUGUGGGUUGUUCGCGAUCUAAUCGUGGGGGAUGUAGUGCGUAUCCCGGCACCCAUCUUUCUCGCUAUGCAGGACCCCGGGGUGGCCUUCGAGCAAGUACAUCUAGACCUGUUGCCAUGGCUGGAACAGAUGCUGGAUGAUCUCUACGGUGAACCCAUCGGGAGGUGGUGUCAGCCAUUUUCUGAAGGACUUAAUGGGUGUAUCAGCAUCUGGGAUUCGUAUUAUAACGAAUUUAAGGAUAUGGUGCUGAGGGGAUUCCUGGACAAAAAGCCCCACCCGGACCCAGAGACGGUAUGGGAUGAUACGUCUGAUGAGGACCAAGUGGAGUAA